CGAUGCAAAUUCACCAAUAGCAGUGUGCCUGGGUUAAAUGUGACUGAUACGCCGGUAUAUGUACCACUGUUGUAUCCAGUUGUGUUCGUCCUGACCUCUCUCAUUUACGUUGUGUUGACGGUUUACCUUAGUGAAAGAAAUUUUUAACCGCAGGUUACACGUAUCAACAAUGUGCUGAGUAUCUAUAUUUCAAACAAAAGCUUAUACAGAAGUAAAUUCUGGAGGCACAGCUGUUUGUAUCUCACUGGACUGGGAUGUUUAAUAGUUGGUAACAUCACUAAGGAAAGAUUUCAAUAAAAAAAAAUGCCGAAGAACAAUAAAGGAAUGAAUGCAUUCUUCUGCUUUAUGGUUGACUGGAAAUUAGAACAAGAAAAACGUGGAAAAAAAUUUCCUCAUGGUUUGAAGGACGUACAAAGGGAUCCCCAAUUAAAUGAAGAUUGGGCAAGUCUGUCACAUGAGCAAAAAGCAUAUUAUAAGUCGAAAGCAAAGGAUAGCAAAAUUCAAGCUCAAGGAUCAUUGUCUAAAAAAACAACAUUAGGAGAAAAUAUAGAUGAAAUCCUUCUUGCUGAAAAGAAUGAACAAGAAUUCCAAGAAAAUAUGUUACAGUAUAUAGAUUCUGUAAUCUCCAUGGGCACUCAACACAAUAGUUUGGAGAAGUUAAAAUUUAUAUUGAUACAUGUAAAUUGGUUUUAUAGAAAAGAAAUAGGAAUCAAUAAGUUUGAUUUUGGUCCUGCUGAAUUUGCUGUAGGAGAAUUUAGUUUAGGCCAUGGUGUUGAGAACAUGUACCAUGAGAUAAUCAAUAUUAAAAUACCAUUGGGGUGGAAAGGAGAUGCAUUAAAAAUUAGUCACGAAACACACAAAAUUACAAUAGAGCAUCCAGAUGGGCAAAGUGACUUUGCGUAUAUGUAUGACAAUUUUGUAAAAUUAUUAAGAUCAAAUAUGACUGGAGACAAGUAUCCACCAUUAUUUACUAUUAAAGAUAUGGCUCCUGCAGUUGAAUCUUUGUUGAAUAGAAUGUGUAAUGCUUCUCGUAAGAGUACAGAUGACUUUGUAAUAUAUUCUUUGGAAGCUCUAUUUGCAGGACUGCGAAAUGCUGCUGCACAAAAUGAAGACAGCUGCAGUAUUCCUCUUGUAGUAGCAGAGCAUGAGUUCAAAAAAGAACUUUUUGCUUUUGUUGGCGGUCUUGAGUGUGAAUUUCAUAAAAGCACAGAUGCAGCUGUGUACUGUAGUAUGUCUAAAGUAAAACAAUGGUGUUUCACAAUAUGCGACUACUGUUGUGAACAUUUGCACAUACCAAUGAUUGAAGGGAUUCAUUGUCCUCUCAUCCGACCAAACUUUGAAGUUACCAAUAACACUAUUGAUUUUCAUAUGUGUAACUUAACUUUAAAUGAUGAGAGUAGCUUUGUCUCUAUGACUGGAGUAAGUGAAGACCAUAGACAAAAGGUAUCUGAAAGAACUUGUAAGGAUGAGCAGCGACGGCGCAACCAAAGUAAAACAUUAGAAAUAAUUGAUCAUAGUAAACAUAAUUCAAUUGGUAAUCUAAGUUUACCUGGACGACCUCUACGACCACCUAAGACUAUGGCACGAGCAAUGAGCGAAUCAGACAACAAUAAUGAUAUUUUUAAUAAGGCUGAUUUUCCUCCAAUUGGAGGACGAGGUAUUAUGAUGAAUAAAAAAGUUGCAACAAAUAAGAAUUUUCCUCCUUUUGGAAAAGGCAGUGGAAAAUCUACAUAAAUAACUCCUACAAUAAUAAUGUUAAUAUACAUACUUAAUUAUGAAAUUAUAUUUUAUGCUAUUUUGAAAUUAUUGACAUAUUGAUAAUUUUAGAAAGUAACUUAUAUUAUUGAUAUUAAAGGCUUGUUUACAUUGUUAUUUGGAAAGAUGUUUAUAUUUUGAUAAUUUGUUAUAAAAAAAGAAUAAAUAUAAGACAUAAAAUAUAUAAGUAUAAUAUUGUUACACUAAAUAUUAUAGCUUAAAUUAUUAUUACCAAUUCGUUUGGUAUUAUGUAUUCAGUACUUUAUUGGAGUUAAUUUUUUAUUAUGUAGUUCACUUUUUUGUAUUAAUUAAAAACGCGCGGUUAGCACACUGCCAGAAAUGUAUUAUUUAAUCACAGUAUUACGUGAAUUUUAUUGUUCACAUAAUCCUCGUAGCCUUUUUUAGUUUUCUUUCGGUUUCUUGAUUACUUUUUGGAGGUCGUUGAAAGGUAUCAGGAAUUCAUUAAGUAAUCUUUCCGUAAAAACACUCUAAGAGAGAAAGUGUAAUACACAAACGAUAUAUUUUUUAAUUUUCUUAUGUAACAAAAAUAUCAACUAAUGUAAUUAAAAUAAAGUGGUCGUACUUUUUAA